AUGUCGUACAGCGCGUAUCAAGUGGCGGGCACUGCCGACCCGUUCCGUCCCACGCUGGAGAUGUGCUUCCGCGGACAUCGUCAAGGCGUGUGUAGUGUCGGCUUCCAACCCAUCCUGUCGCCGUCUCCGCUCAUUCCCAAGGUCGUGUCCGGCGGUGCCGAUGGGGCGGUCAUGUUGUGGGACGCAAAGGCCACCACCCGCACCAUGCGGUUCAUGGGGCAUCGCGGUCCGGUGCUCGCUGUUGCCUGCAGCCCGCGUGCGAAUCUGCUGGCGAGCGGCGGCCAUGAUGGAUACGUGCGGCUCUGGAUCCCCAACACGCGACGGACAACGGCGACGUACGGCCUCCACGCCGAGUCGGCGAACGACCGCAACUCAUGCGGCUGGCGCGGUCACACCGGUGCGGCCCGCGCCGUCGUCUUUGCCCAAGACGGCUCUGACCACCUCUACACCGCGGGCAAUGACAAGACGGUGAAGUGCUGGGACCUCAAUUACGCCUCAAGCAGCCAGCACAUCGGCGUCGGCCCGGGCAACAAAUUCGUUGGAAGCUUCGCAGCACUGUCGUCCACGGGGCAGCACGGCACUGGGCACAUGAACUGGGUGCGCACGGUGGCUGUGCAGAGCGCCUACACAUCCUCUAGUUUCUUUCACUACAUCGCCAGCGGCGGUGACGAUCACGCCAUUUGCGUGUGGGACACGCGCACUCGCGCACCAGUGCACAUGCUGUUUGACUGCAGCGCCAGCGUGCAUUCCCUGAGCUUUCACCCGGACGGCUACGUGUUGGCGAGCGGCGAUGCCAGUGGCGCCGUGAACCUCUUUGACCUACGGCACACCUCAUCCUCGUCAUCCGCCGCCAACAGCUGGAACGGCCCAUCAGCGCAGCGGCGCUUCUCAAGCCUCCUUCAGCACUACACAGGCGCGCACCCGGGCGGGGUGCAGUGCGUCGACUUUGCCCCCAAUGGCGGCUGGCUCCUCUCGGCCGGCAACGACAGCACUGCGAAGCUGUGGGAUGUGAAGCAGGUCUACCUCUACUGCACCCUCCAAGGGCAUGAGGGGCUCGUCAAGUCAUGCCACUUCUCGGAAGAUGGUCGCUGGCUCGCCACAGGCGGCGGUGCUGACAAAACGAUCCUCGUAUGGCGGAGCGGCUUGGCGGAGAGAGCGGCAACGCGCGACUCAACUGCGGAGACCGCACUCACUACUGUUGGGAACAAGGACGCGGCACUGCCCGAGGUGACCCCUUCACCCAAGGUGUCCUUCGGUGCAGAAGCCCCUGCGGUGCGGUUUUCCUCGCCGAUGGCGCAAGUCUCUCGCGACGUGGCCCGACGAUGCAAGCUGCGAGACGACUUAUUCCGCGUGCAGAAUGGUAUGAAAGGCACUCCAAAGGCGUCGGCAUCUCAGUCUGGGAGCAGCGGUCCCACCAACGGUUGCAGAGGCGGCGGCAGCGACCCCCAAGUAAGCAGCAGUGCCGCUACUGGUGCAGCGAACGUCAGUGUCGGUGUCACAGCCGCCGCAUCGCUGGGCCGCCCGCCUCUCUCCUCCCCAACGAGGAAGGAGCAGGCUGAUACGCCCUCCGAGUCCUUCUCGCGCGACGUGGCGUACGUUGCCGAUGCGAAGGCGUGGAACCGCGAAGAUGCGGGAGAACGCUCCGUCGCCGCUCAUGAACGCAGUUUUGAGCGAAGCGAGGAGCGACUCGACUAUCUCGUCGCAUCGGUCGCCGGCAGCAGCGGCGAAGUGGGCAACGCCCACUCACGGCAGCAGCCGGUCGUUGAGGGCGAUACAACACGCGGCGGCACGAACACCUCGCAUGAGCAGGAAUCGCCGCCGGAUAGCGUAUAUGGCAGUGCUCGAAGCGCCCUUGUUGCGGCAGAAGAGCGAGAGCAGGAGGCGUUGGUGGCGCAGGAACGCGCCUACCAGCGGCUGCAAGAGGACCGCAUCACCCAGCAGCGCCUCGCGAAUCUGGAAGAGGCGCUUGCGUCUCUGGCGGCGUACAUGCAAACUCAUCAUCUGCAGCAGGCGAAGGAGAUGCAGGAGGUGCGGGUGAAAAGUAGGGUGCAGGCCGACAAGUACGAUGCCGAUCUAGAAGACCUGAAGCACUUGAUUACGCGGCGCACUGUCCCUGCGGCCGACACGCCCUCAGCGAAUGGCACAGCCUGA